AUGCGCCUCCUCAAGUCUUCCAUAACGGGCAGCGGCUUCGAGCUAGCGUCCUUUAACGACGACCUCACUCCUCCAUACGCCAUCCUCUCUCAUACCUGGACCGAAAACCAAGAAGUCACCUAUGAUGAGUUACUGAAGGGAACAGGCACCGACAAGGAUGGCUAUGCUAAGAUUCGAUUCUGCGGCGAGCGCGCUGCAGCAGAUGGACUCGAGUAUUUCUGGGUCGAUACCUGCUGCAUCAACAAGGCUACCAGCGACGAGCUGAGCACGGCAAUUAACUCCAUCUUCCGCUGGUACCAACGUGCAGCCAAGUGCUAUGUACUACUCGCAGACGUUUCUGUACCCGAGGAAGUCGCUCGCACUGAGACAUCUGACAUAUCAUGGGAGCAGGCCUUUCAACGCAGCCGAUGGUUCACACGAGGCUGGACUUUGCAAGAGCUACUAGCGCCAACCAGAGUUGAGUUCUUCUCUCGAGACGGCAAGUGGCUGGGCAACAAGAUGUCGCUAGAGCAGGAGAUACACAAAGUCACUGGCGUACCUGUCGAGGCGUUGAGAGGUCACAGCCUCACCAAAUUUAGCAUCGAGGAGCGAAUGAGCUGGUCUGCAAAGCGCACGACCACGAUCAAGGAAGAUAAAGUGUAUUGUUUGCUCGGCAUCUUUGGAGUAUUUCUGGCGCUCAUUUAUGGAGAGGGAGAGGGGUAUGCAGCUUUGCGACUCAAAGAAGAGAUACAAAAACGGCAACAAACGAGCAAGAAGGCGGAUUUGCAAGACACCUCCGCCGUACUGUCACUACCUUUUCCACGAAACGAGCGCUUCGCCGGACGAGAGAGUGAGCUUCAGUCGAUAAGACAAGCACUGAUUUCGCCUGACACCCACCAAUGGCUGACAAUAUAUGGACUUGGGGGAUGUGGGAAAUCAGCGCUUGCUCUCGAGUUUGCGUAUCGCGCAUUUGCGGAUCAAGCUAGUCGCCUAGUUUUCUGGGUGCCAGCUAUAAGUCAGGAAAGUUUUGAGCUUGCCUAUCGAGACAUUGGAACUCAGCUUCGCAUUCCAGGAAUCGAUGAUGCCAAUGCAGAUUUCAAGCGACUUGUCAGUGAUGAACUAAGUUCCGGAAAACUGGGCAAUUGGCUGAUGAUAGUCGACAAUGCGGAUGACUCGGAAGUCUUGUUAGGAAUUGGCAAAAAAGCAACCACACCAGCUCGAUUAAUCGACUAUGUUCCCCGUGGUACAGGAGGAUCUGUGCUUCUCACUACUCGCAAUAGAAAGGCAGCAACAGACCUGACCCCAAAUAACGUCCUCGAGUUGAACGACAUGGAAAAGGUUGAAGCCAAGCAGCUUUUUGUCCGCCGAAUAAACAACCAAGCCUUGCUGAAUGAUGAGACAGCUGUUGAUGCCCUUGUAGAGACUCUUACAGGCCUGCCACUGGCUAUCGUGCAAGCAGCUGCUUUUAUCAACCAGAACGAAAUGCCAGUCUCUGAAUACGCAUCACUGCUUCAUGAUGCCGGCACCAAGGCCGAGCUCUUCAGCGAGCAAUUUGAAGACCCUACUAGGUACCGAGACAUGGACAGCACUGUAGCGAAGACGUGGCAUAUCUCUUUUGAGCAAAUCCAGAGGCAAGACCCUCUUGCAGCGGAGUACCUUUCGUUCAUAGGAUGCAUUGAUCGCAUUGGCAUUCCUAGGUCGCUAUUACCGCCGGGAGAAUCCGCUGUGCGGCAGACAAAAGCAAUUGGAACACUGACUGGAUACGCGUUUAUCACAGAGCGACGACAGAAUGUGCCAGAAUCCAGUACGGAGAAGCUUUUCGAUAUGCAUCGACUAGUACAUAUGGCGUUGAUAUGGUGGCUCGAGGGACACGGCAAGCGGGAGGAGUGGGCAGGCAUAGCAGCAGCCCGAGCUCAGGAACUUGUGCCAUAUGGUGAUCACGGAAGCAAAGAAACAUUGAGCAUAUACCUUCCACAUGCAAUGUACUUGGCUGAGCUCGUUGACCUCGUAGACGACUCAAUAAGAGCUUCACUGCUAACACGAAUCGGCCAGUAUCAAGAAACCCUGGGGCUUUAUAGAUUGGCAGCGACAGCACAACGAACAGCAUUAUCGCUGAGAAAAAAAAGGUUGGCGAUUACCGAAAAACUGUUCGGGCCUGAACAUCCAACCACACUAGCAAGCAUCCAGAAUUUGGCAUCGAUGCUGUCUCGCAAGAAUCGACACACAGAGGCCGAAGCAAUGUACCAGAAAGUACUCAACAUAAACAAAAAAAUACUAGGACCCACCCACCCUUCUACCCUAGACUCCAUGAACAACAUGGCAGAAGUCCUCAAAGGACAGGGAAAAUACACCGAAGCCGAGACAAUGCACCGACAGACGUUUGAGCGACGAGAGAAUCUGCUAGGACCCGAGAAUCCAGACACGCUGGAUAGCAUGUAUAACCUGGCUGUUGUAUUGUAUCACCAGGGCAGAUAUACUGAGGCCGAAGUAAUGUACCGGCAGACGCUUGAGGGGCGAGAGAACGUACUGGGACCCGAUCAUCCGCACACAUUGACGAACCUCUCCGACCUUGCGCAGUGUCUCAUGGAACAGGGCAAAUACGCUGAAGCAGAAAAGAUGAAUCGGCAGGUGCUUGAGCGGCGAAAGAAUCUGCUGGGACCUGUGCAUGUAGACACGCUGACCAGCGUGUCCAACCUUGCGAUUUGUCUCAGGAAACAGGGGCUUAUGUCAGAAGCUUUGCCCGUGUUGCGCAGGGCAUUGACUGGAUAUACUGCUGUGCUGGGGAAAGCCCACCCAGAUACCGUGUCUUGUCGUAAGGAUUACAAUAAUCUUCUUGAGUUACAAGGGGGAGAAAGGAUCGAGGAGGGUGGACAGAGGCGUAUGCACAGGUCGACUCGCUCAUGGCCAUUUUUUUCUGGUGUUUUUCGUAGGAUUUCCAGUUAG